AUGCGCGUGGCCCCCUGGUCCCCACCCCUCGGAGGCCUUGCCCGACAAGGGCUGCCCCCCUGGCUGCCUCCUCCCAAGCCUAGCCCCGGCCUCCCUGAGCAUCCGGCUGCCAUGGGCCUGCGGAGAGUCGGCCCCCUGCUGGCCCCGCAGCCGGGCCCACGGCUGCCCUUUCACCGCUGUGGCUGUGCCGACUGUCCUGCCCCCAGGCUCUGCAGCGGUGGGGGCUGUGCCACAGCAGCAGCCCCUCUGUUUUCCAGGCUUUUCCCGCAGCCUGAGGCUCGGUCGACGCCGUGCAGUAACGGAACCACCCGCCGCCCUCGAUACCCCGGCGCUCAGCGGCCGCUUGGGUCUCGGGACCGCAACGGUUCAGCGCGCGCCCCGCCGCACGUCGCCAGGGCAACCCACCCACAUCCCUUUCUCCCGGCAGGCCCCGCGCGCCGAGUAGCCCGCGACGCGGCGGGCCGGCCCACUCCCGGCAUGCUCCGCGCGCGGGGCGGUGCUCUGAGGGGCGGGGCGAAGCUGGCAGCUCCCGGCGUACCCCGCGCGGCAGGGCGCGGUUGA